GGUUCACUGAUGUUUUCGAGAGGUAUUGAUAUGCUACGAUGAGAUAUGAUUGUUUAGUGUUUGUUCGCCUGGAGACAUCAGAGAUUUAGAUUAGAGUGAUUGUGAAAUUCAGUGAAUUUUGGGGUUUGUACAGGAUAUAUUAGAAUUAAAUAUGAAUUUUAAGUGUUAUAUUCUGCCUCUGAUGGAUAAAAACGUAACACUAAGAGUAAUAAAUUGUAGAGAAGGUUAAACUUCGUCCUGAGAGUGAGAGCGAUUUGGUAAAAAAAGUGGCAGUGACAAAGUAGAAAAGAUUAACUUAAGAAGACAUUAAAAAUAAAAGUCGUAUCUUUUAGUUUUAGGAUUUUCUUUUACUGUAUAUUUUAACGCUAACUGUAGUGUUAUUGAACUUCAAUUUGAAAUAUAAUACAUCUUCUAAUGUAAUUGAAAUUUUAACCUUCGGAAUUUAAUAUUGUAACUGCUGGUAGUAAAUUAUUUAAGCAUGAGUAACUUGUUGAAGAAAGCUCUGUCACCUACCAUUGAGCAAGAGGUAAAGGAAGUGUUUAUAAAAAACUCUUUGACAGCUGAACUUGGACGAGCAAUUCGUCAUCUCCAGAAAGAAAAUAUUGAUAAAACUGGACCAGUGUAUAAUGGAGAGGGUUUAUCUUACACCUGCACCUGUCUGGAAGCUAUAUUUAUACAUGGGAUCAAAGAUAAAUUUGCCAAUAAAGUUUCUGCUGUGUUAAGUGGAGCAGUGGACAAAAUGCCUGAAGUAGAUUUUUGGCCUGUUGUCAUGGUAUGUAGUCACAAAGAUGUUCUCAAACAAGUCCAGCAAUUAAGCCAAAUAACAACUGAUAUAGGACGUUGUCGAGCAUGGUUGAGAAUGGCUCUGAAUGAAGGUCUGAUAACAAGUUAUGUGGAAGCUAUUUUACAAGACAAGACAACUCUUCAUUCAUAUUAUCGGAGCACUGCAUAUUUAAGAGAUCCCGAAGAGCCUGCAAUAAUGAAGCAAUACCUAGAUGGUUUGGAUGUAUUUAGUUUUGAGUUAUCUUUUGACACCACAGUGCUGAACUCAUGGACUCGUGCCCCACUAGCUCUAGCAGGAUUAUGGAUUCCUCCAGAGGUCCCAGAGCCUGUCAUGCCUGCUGAAGAUGUAGAAGAUUUUUUUCAGAAUGAGGAAGUAAAAGGGCAGAAACAUAGUAACAAGUCAACAAAAUAUGUAGAUAAAAAGAAUGAGAUUAUAUUUGGCUGUGAUAAUAAAUCCAGUCAACUUCAACAUCUUCCUUUUGCCCAAGUAACAGAUACCAUAGCAGCAGAUCAGUCUGAUAAUUUACAUGAAAUAGAGCAAGUAGGUGAGGAAAGUGUUUCCCUCAGUCUGAAGUGGUCUGGUGUAGAUGAAGAUGCAAGUACAUUAGCAUCUCCAAGCUCUGUACCAGAUCUAGAAACUGUGCUUGAAUCAUCUCCUUUAGCCAGUGGAAACAAUCUUUCCAGGCAGCGAGGGUGGUCAUCUUCCUUUGAUGAACAUCAGACUAAAGUAGAUGAUAACCAGAGUUAUGAUUCACUUUUGCAAAGCUAUAAUCAGCACCGCAGCAGAACACUGAUUGGAACUCCAGAAAUGUCUGACUUCAUAAAUUCAGUGGUUACACCAGACACAACAGAGGAUACAAAAUCUAAAAAAGAGAAAGAGUUAGAGUCUUCUGCCUCUAGCUGCUCUAGUGAGCCAUCUUCCUUGGAAGCCAUGGAAUUUGAAGUGAUUCCUAAAGUGUAUGCCCUGACCUCUGAUCACAAUGACCAAAGGACCCAAUUUCUGUUGUCUGUACUAGGCAAGAUUUGUCCUGAACAGGGUUUAGACUCGCAAAGUUACCAGUGUCAUGGCUGUGGUCGUCCUAUUGGAAUGAUUUAUGGAAAAGCAUAUGUGUGCACAUAUGAUGGCCAUAAUUACUGUUAUGAAUGUCAUGAAAAUGAAGAGCAUGUGAUUCCAGCACGUGUUUUAUUGAACUGGGACUUUCAGAAAUAUCCAGUGGCUAAAUUGACCAAAAUCUUUCUUAAUCGAGUAGAACAAGAGCCACUUCUUGAUGUUCGCAUAUUGAACCCUUUGUUGUACUCUGUUGUAGAAGAACUGGCUGCACUUCAAACAUUAAGAACACAGCUGAGUUUUUUGCGAUCAUAUUUGUUUACUUGCCGGGAAUCUGUAGCUGAGGAACUUAGAAAGCGGGUUUGGCCAAGGGAAUACCUAUAUGAACAUGUCCAUCUUUACUCAUUAGCUGAUCUACAACAAGUUAACAAUGGAAUCCUCUCUCAGCACUUGUAUAAGGCUGUUAAUUUUGCUCUUAACCAUGUUCUUCACUGUCCACUCUGUAGUCAGAAGGGCUUCAUCUGUGAACUUUGCAACAACCCACAUGUCAUCUACCCUUUUGAAACAGAUGUAACCUAUCGAUGUGAGCAGUGCCUUGCUGUUUACCACAGCACUUGCAUGACAGAAAAGCAACACUGUCCAAAAUGUGAGAGACGAAAAAAGCGGGAAGAACCAAGAAUUUUAGAUUGAUUCUGUUUUGAACACUUCACCUCUUAUUAAAAAUAUCUUUUAGCUGGGGCACCAAUAAGAAGAUACCCAUAUGAAGAGAUUGUUACAAGCAGUGUUGCAGCAAAGAACUUUUCUUUAUGUUAGUUUUACACAUCCAAACUGAUCUGAGAGUAAUCAGUGUUUUUACAUGUAAAAACUGUUGUAUUAACAAAAAACAAUAUCUUGUCAUUUGAAUUGUUUUGACCAAUUUGAGCCUCCACAGUUAUUUGUAGUUUUGAAUACUUAAGUAAUAGCAUGCUAAAAAUAACAUUAAAGUAAGCAUUUAUGAUUAUGAGUAAAAGCACAGGCUUUUAUUAGUGUGUGUGUGUGUGUGUGUGUGUGUGUAUGAAAGACUUGGACAAAUAAAUCAAGGAACAUAAUUUCACUGAAAAAAAUAUGACAAAACAUAAACAUCAAGAAAAUGUAAUGUUUUUACUAUAUUUUAUUUUGUUUAUAUUGUACGUUUUAUUAGAAUUUGUACACCUCCACUUUUUAGAGGCAAAGUUUGCUUUUUUUGUGUGUAUUAGUUCAAGGUAAAGUCUAGAAUUUUUAUAUGUGAACUGUUUUCACAUGGUGGUAAAUGAAUAGGGGAGACCAAGAAUAGUUAUUACUUUUCAGAAUUUGCUUUUCACUUGGGAGGUACAGGAGAUAACAAGAAGAUAUAUUGCAAUUAUAUUGUGCAAUAUGUUUAUUGACAGAAAAACCUAUAUCAGCUUUACACAUUCUCUCAUUCAUGAGAUACAAUUAUAUUUAGAACCAAAACAAUCUCUAAUAAUGUAUUUGGGGCAGAAUGUAACACUACAUGGGACAUGUUGUUACAGUAAAAAUAAUAGGUAAUUUAAAAACAGACAGAACGGGUGAAUUGCCAAAUAACACUAAUAAGCCUAUAUAAAGUUAUAAAAUUUCAACUGACAUAACACAAAACAAUAAUGCAAAGUUGCAAUGUUUGUUCAGUGUCUAGAUCUUAUGAUGACAAACAAAUGAUUAAUAAUGCUUAAAAAUGGCUUGAAUGGGUAAUGAAGAAAAACUUUAAUAUAAAUUCAACAUAACAGCAAAUCUUCAACAUUUUGAGAAGGUUUUGUCAUCAUCAGGUACAAGUAGUUUACA